AUGACGACUAAGACCAUCCAUGGGAACUCGCAAUUCCAGAAGCCCUCCUCUCUACGCUGGACGUGGGAGUCACCCGGUGGAGGGUACCGUAAUGAAAUAGACCACAUCAUUGUCAAUAAAAGGUUCUGCCUGACGGACGUCGCUGUUGUACCAAAGUUCAAUACGGGAUCGGACCACCGCCUCCUUCGAGGAAGAUUUUCCUUCACAAGGAGAGCAGAGAAAGCCGCCAAGUUCAGAGGGAGAAAUCCCAGGACUAUCAUCAACUGGGCGCUCUUCGCUACGUUAGCCGGCUUUUGGGAAGAUUCCGCAAUGGACAACAUCGACGAGGAAUAUGACCGGCUCGUUGAACACCUUCACAACUGUGCGAAGAAGGCUGAGAGUUUUAAAACGACAAAGAGACGCCUGUCUCUUCAAACUCUUGAGCUGAUACGCCAGCGUGGAGAAGCACGAGCCGCAGGGAACCAAGAACUCACGUCCGAGCUCGCAAGGCUUUGCAGAGAGGCGAUAAAGGAAGACCUUAAAGAGAGAAGAGCAGAAAUGCUGGCUGAAGCUGCAGAGGCGGGGAAAAGCAUCCGUCGAGACUUCGCCAGUCGCAAGACGAGGAUGACUGCUCUCCGGAACUUGAAGGGAACAACCAUUGCAUCGAGAAGAGGGAUGGAGAAAAUCAUCUACGACUUCUUCUCCGAUCUCUUCGACAGCCAUGUCCACUUGCCUCCUCACCAUCUGAGGGAAGACGGACAAGUCAAUCCAGAGGUUCUCCCGUCCGAAAUACGACAUGCUAUCAUGUCGGUGAGAAAUCGUACGGCACCCGGUCCCGACAGAAUAAGACCAGAACACCUGAAGAGCCUUCCGCCAGUACUCAUCAACACCCUGGCGAGGCUCUUUACACGUUAUCUGUCGGAAUGCAAGGUUCCUAAACAGUGGAAGACCAGCAAGACCGUGUUGUUGUAUAAAAAGGGAGAUCCACAUGACAUCGGCAACUAUCGCCCAAUCUGCCUACUGUCCGUCAUCUACAAGCUCUUUACAAGAGUGAUCCUUAAUAGGAUUGAAAAAGUCCUGGAUGAAGGACAGCCAUGCGAGCAAGCAGGGUUUCGAAAAGGAUUCAGCACGAUUGACCACAUUCACACUGUUUCGAAACUCAUCGAGGUAUCACGAGAGUACAAGAUGCCGCUCUAUCUCACCUUCAUCGACUUAAAGAAGGCCUUCGACUCAGUUGAGACGGAAGCGGUCGUGGAAGCCUUGGACAACCAAGGCGUCCCUACUCAGUACAUAACGUACUUCGAGAGAUGUACAGUAACUUCACGACCGGAAUUUCGCCAUUUUACAAGAACGUCAUCAUUGACGUGA